AUGUUGCGGCAAAUAAGCAGAAACAUUCAGCAAAAGGCGAGAUUCGCCACAGCUGUACCGGCACCUCAAACAAAGCCAGAGAUUCUUUACACUGGGCUGUUCAUCAACAAUGAAUGGGUGAAGUCAUCAGAUGGAAAGACUUUCAAGACUGAGAACCCCGCCACUGGCCAGCCAAUCGCUGAUGUACAGCAAGCUGGCAAAGCUGAUGUCGACAUCGCUGUUAAAGCUGCCAAAGAUGCUUUUAAACUGGGUUCCCCAUGGAGAAAAAUGGACGCCUCCCAACGUGGUUACCUUCUUAGCAAGCUUGCGGACCUCGUUGAAAGAGACAGGAACUACUUGGCUAGCCUGGAAACCCUGGACAACGGCAAACCAUAUACAGCAGCUUACUACGGCGACGUGCAGAUGGUGAUCAAUAACCUGCGUUACUAUGCAGGCUGGGCAGACAAGAGCCAUGGACUGGUGCUACCCAUGGAUGGAAACUACUUCGCUUAUACUCGUCAUGAGCCUGUUGGUGUAUGCGGUCAGAUUAUUCCAUGGAACUUCCCAUUGUUGAUGGCAUCAUGGAAGCUGGGCCCCGCACUGGCGGCCGGCUGUACCGUCGUCAUGAAGCCCGCUGAGCAGACGCCACUCACUGCACUCUACCUCGCACAACUUGUCAAGGAGGCCGGAUUCCCAGAGGGUGUUGUGAACAUGUUGCCUGGAUUCGGAGACGCGGGCGCAGCUCUAGUCGACCAUCCUGAUAUCGACAAAAUCGCUUUCACCGGUUCGACGGAGGUAGGCAAAUUGAUCCAGCGUAACUCAGCGGGUACAGUGAAGCGCAUCACGUUGGAGCUCGGCGGGAAGUCUCCCAACAUUAUAUUCGCAGACACAGACCUCGAGCGAGCUGUGGAAGUUGCUCACUUCGCACUGUUCUUCAAUAUGGGCCAGUGCUGCUGUGCUGGUUCCCGAACGUUCGUAGAGGACAAGAUUUACGACAAGUUCGUAGAGUUGGCAGCAGAGCGCGCAAAGAAACGUGUUGUUGGAGACCCCUUCAAACCAGAGACUGAACAGGGACCUCAGAUCGAUGCUGAGCAACAGAACCGUAUCCUAAGCCUAAUAGAGAGUGGUAAGAAGCAGGGCGCCAAGCUAGUCGCUGGCGGAGGCCGGGGCUCCGACACUGGGUACUUCGUGCAACCCACUGUGUUCAGUGAUGUCAAGGACAAUAUGGACAUCGCUACCACUGAGAUCUUCGGUCCAGUCCAGCAGAUCCUGAAGUUCUCCCAGUUGGACGAGGUGGUGGAGCGCGCCAACAACUCGGAGUACGGCCUGGCCGCCGCCGUCUUCACACAGGAUAUAGACAAGGCUAACUACGUUGUACAGAGGCUCCGUGCCGGCACAGUAUGGGUGAACGACUACAACGUACUCAGCAACCAGGUGCCCUUCGGAGGGUACAAGCAAUCCGGCAUCGGACGCGAGAACGGACCAUACGGCAUCAACAACUACACAGAAGUCAAGGCUGUCAUUACUAAACUCAAAGAAAAAACCACGUAA